UCCACUUUCAAAAUGGCGGCCGCCAUCGGGGGGCUUCUGCUGGCUGGUCGUCCCGGGUGCCUCUGAGCGAGCAUCAGCUUUUCUCGCUCUUGAACCUGGAUUCGACUGGGGGUUGGGAAGGGCAGUGGACGGCGUUGGGGGAGGACUGGCGAGGAAACCAGUUCUCUUCCCGAACUGACCAGGAAAAGACUUUUUGGUCUUCGUGAGCUCGAGGGCCAACCCAGAUUCCUUCGUUUUCCCUUGGAUUUUGCCUAGUUCCCUUUCGCUGUCAGCAACAUGCAAGGGUGGUCUCUGACAGCUGUAUGGAGGAUCAACUUGGAACAGGAAAACUAGAUAAGAGGAAAUUGUAGUCAUUGAGAUUUAUAAAGAACUCUUCCCUUGAAUUCAUGGUGUUUCAUCCUAUGUACAACUGAGAUAUCAACUUUUUGGAUUGUUUUUGGACCAAAAAUGACAUCUAUUAUCAAAUUAACUACCCUCUCUGGGGUUCAAGAAGAGUCUGCUCUUUGCUAUCUUCUGCAAGUUGAUGAGUUUAGAUUUCUGUUGGACUGUGGCUGGGAUGAGCACUUUUCUAUGGAUAUUAUAGAUUCCCUGAGGAAGCAUGUUCACCAAAUUGAUGCAGUACUGUUGUCCCACCCCGACCCUCUUCAUCUUGGUGCUCUCCCGUAUGCCGUCGGGAAGCUGGGUCUGAACUGUGCUAUCUACGCAACCAUUCCUGUUUAUAAAAUGGGACAGAUGUUCAUGUAUGAUCUUUACCAGUCUCGACACAAUACAGAAGACUUUACACUCUUCACGUUAGAUGAUGUGGAUGCAGCCUUUGAUAAAAUACAGCAGUUAAAAUUCUCUCAGAUUGUGAAUUUGAAAGGUAAAGGACAUGGCUUGUCUAUCACACCUCUGCCAGCUGGUCAUAUGAUAGGUGGAACAAUAUGGAAAAUAGUCAAAGAUGGAGAAGAAGAAAUUGUGUAUGCAGUUGACUUUAACCACAAGAGGGAGAUCCAUUUAAAUGGAUGUUCCCUGGAAAUGCUAAGCAGACCCUCCCUGCUUAUCACAGAUUCCUUUAAUGCUACGUAUGUGCAACCUCGGAGAAAACAGAGAGACGAGCAGCUUCUGACAAAUGUCCUGGAAACACUUCGAGGUGAUGGAAAUGUAUUAAUAGCAGUGGACACUGCAGGCAGAGUUUUGGAACUUGCUCAACUCCUUGAUCAAAUCUGGAGAACUAAAGAUGCAGGAUUGGGUGUCUACUCACUGGCACUCCUGAAUAAUGUCAGCUAUAAUGUGGUGGAGUUUUCCAAGUCCCAGGUAGAAUGGAUGAGUGACAAAUUGAUGAGAUGUUUUGAAGACAAAAGAAAUAAUCCAUUUCAGUUUCGCCAUCUCUCUUUAUGUCACGGUCUUUCCGACUUGGCUCGGGUACCUAGCCCCAAAGUGGUACUCGCCAGCCAGCCUGACCUGGAAUGUGGAUUUUCAAGGGAUCUCUUCAUUCAGUGGUGUCAGGACCCUAAAAACUCAAUCAUUCUAACUUACAGAACUACUCCUGGGACUUUAGCACGUUUCCUAAUUGAUAAUCCUUCUGAAAAAAUUACAGAAAUAGAGUUGAGGAAACGUGUGAAGCUUGAAGGGAAAGAACUAGAAGAAUACUUGGAAAAAGAGAAACUAAAGAAAGAAGCGGCAAAAAAACUUGAGCAGUCAAAAGAGGCAGACAUAGAUUCCAGUGAUGAGAGUGAUGUUGAGGAAGACAUUGACCAGCCGUCAGCUCAUAAGACUAAGCAUGACCUGAUGAUGAAAGGUGAAGGUAGUCGUAAAGGAAGCUUCUUCAAACAGGCUAAAAAGUCUUACCCUAUGUUUCCUGCCCCAGAAGAAAGAAUUAAAUGGGAUGAAUAUGGAGAAAUUAUCAAACCGGAGGAUUUCUUAGUGCCAGAACUUCAGGCAACUGAAGAAGAGAAAAGCAAAUUAGAAUCUGGCUUGACAAAUGGAGAUGAACCCAUGGAUCAGGAUUUAUCUGAUGUUCCUACCAAGUGUAUUUCUACGACAGAGUCUAUUGAAAUAAAAGCCAGGGUUACUUACAUAGACUACGAAGGACGCUCUGAUGGAGAUUCCAUUAAAAAGAUCAUUAAUCAGAUGAAACCACGACAGCUGAUCAUUGUCCAUGGACCACCAGAGGCCAGUCAGGAUCUUGCAGAGUGCUGCCGUGCGUUUGGCGGGAAAGAUAUUAAGGUGUACAUGCCAAAGCUACACGAAACGGUUGAUGCCACUAGUGAAACUCACAUCUACCAGGUGAGAUUGAAAGAUUCACUUGUCAGCUCCCUUCAGUUUUGUAAGGCAAAAGAUGCCGAAUUAGCUUGGAUAGAUGGUGUCUUGGACAUGAGAGUUUCCAAAGUGGACACAGGAGUUAUUUUAGAAGAAGGAGAACUGAAGGAUGAUGGAGAAGACUCAGAAAUGCAAGUGGACGCUCCUUCGGAUUCUAGUGUUAUAGCACAACAGAAGGCCAUGAAGAGUCUGUUUGGGGAUGAUGAGAAAGAGACAGGUGAAGAAAGCGAGAUCAUUCCGACCUUGGAGCCCUUACCCCCCCACGAGGUUCCUGGACAUCAGUCAGUUUUUAUGAAUGAACCAAGACUGUCAGACUUCAAACAAGUUCUCUUACGGGAGGGGAUUCAAGCUGAAUUUGUAGGAGGUGUACUUGUUUGCAACAACCAAGUAGCAGUCCGUAGAACGGAAACUGGACGCAUUGGAUUAGAAGGCUGCCUUUGUCAAGAUUUUUAUAGGAUAAGAGACCUUUUAUAUGAACAGUAUGCCAUUGUGUAAAGGAUAUGAUGUCAAGAAGUAUCUGUUUGACUUUUCUAAGAAAAAAGCGUUCUUAUUCUAAGCUUUUGCUUUUUUGUUUUGUAACAUACAAAAAGAAUUGCCAGAAAAAUUUAACAUGCAUUAGAUUUUUAAAAAAAUGUAAAUAGAGUCCAUUUUGCUAAUGUUCAAAUGAGCGUUCUACCUUUUGGCUUUCAGAGUGAUAGAGAUCCUAACAAGUGCGCAGGCCCGAGUAUUGAAGGUGAUUGGUUUCCUCUAUAGACCCCUUAUUCUAGAAGGACGUUUUACUUGAAUAAAACAAUGCAACUUAGCAAACCAGCUCAUGGCCUUAGAGAAACAUGUUUGCAUGUUGUGAGUUCUUGCAAACGGUUUCUUAACAUUUUCUGGAAUGAAAAGUGAGAAUUAUUUAGAAAAGAUAUGCUAUAUAAAAAAUAACUGGUGGAACAGUUUUUUGAGGCCUAUGUGUUUGAAAAACAACAAAAAGAAAACAAAGAGUUUGUGCUCUAACUCUUCUUUUGAAUUCUGAUAGGCAGUUGUCUUCACAUGGGGCAUAUCUCCUUACCUGUAUUUCCCAGUUAGUCAGUCCAGGAAGGUGGUGCACACUUGGUUCAGAAAUCAAUUUUUAUUUCUCCCAUUUCUUGUUUUAUCAAGAUGUUCAGUUUGAAUUACAACACCAUCAUUUGAAUACACAUAAUGCAAAAGAACUCCUUGCCAUGUUACAGUCUUAAGGAUUCUGUAUACAUUUUAGCUAUCAGCUAGGUUACUUCAUUGGAAACUGUUUAGUGCUCUGUUUUUAAGGAAACAAAUGUUGAACCUCAUAUUUUUAUAAGAUAAUAGUAUAAUUUAAUCAAAAGGUGUAAAUGUUUUCAACACUUAGGCUUGCUCCCUCCUAAGGUUGCUGAAGCAGUGGAUGGAUUUUAUAUACCUAAGUACAAAAAUGAUACUGAAGUUGGAUAAGGUCAUCCUUUCUGUGUUCCUGUCUUUGUUGGGGCUGGCAGCCCUGGUAUUCUAUAAGCCACUUGUGUUUAAGAGUAAAAACUGAACAUAUGCAAUUUUCAUUGAACUUAAAAAUGAAAAUCAUGUUGUCCUCUUGUAAUCUGUUGAUGCUUUUUCAGUGUGUAGCUUGAUCAUGGCAGUCCUUGAUCUUUACUUCUUAAGUAAUUAAGCCCUCUUCCUCAUACUUAGCAUUUUUAGAAGGAUCAUUCCUGUUUAACUUAUAUGGAUCUAUGUACAGUAUGGUACUACCCAGUGAUAUCAGACUAGAAUUAAUAUUCUCUUUCAGAGCUUACAGAGAAUUUGUUGUGGAUUAUAGUGCUAACACAAAGUUACAGUCUUCUGAUACCAAAAACCAGAAUGCAAAACAACAUUACAGAAGGUGACAAUAAAGAGUAUUUUUUUUUUUUUUGUAGAGCUUUGAAGAAAUUUCACUUAAAUUCUUGUUACUGAAGAGAGUAAGCCUGGAAUCAUCCUAUUUAUAUUCCAGGAGAAAGAAAGUCAGCAUUUGUUACAUGGCUUAAAGCAUCUGGUUAUACAUAUUACAUUGCAAUACUGAUACUGAAAAAUUAUUUCUCGCUUAGCCUUUUGAUUGUCUUAUGAAAAAGGAAUUAAAUUUUAAAGUACUUCUUGAAGAUGGCGUCAUUUCUAAAAUGAAGACAUUUGUUUAGCGUUAGUUACUUAAGAAAAAUACAAAUUUAAAAAAGGACUAUAAAUACAUCAUGAACUCAGAGGAAUUUUCAGAUUUUGUUUCGAGGCAAACUAAAUACAAGUGGACCAUCAGCUGAUAUGUAGAAUAAUUUGGUUAAAGAGAAAUUUUAUUGUAGUAUUUGUUACAAUGGAUUAUAAAUGUCAAGUAUCAUUGCAAAGUUUUCUAUUUUCAUGAACCAGUAGGUGGUCUGAAAUAGAAGUGAGGAAAUCAGUUUUCUAAGGAGGGCCUUUUUCUAAAAAAAUUGAAAUUCACAUACCAUAAAGUUCACUCUUUCAAAGUAUAUAAUUCAUCGGCUUUUAGUAUAUUUAGAGUUGUGCAACCAUUACCACUCUCAUUCCAGCACAUUUUCAUCCCCCCAAAAGAAACUCUACAUCCAUUAGCAGUCACUUCCCAUUUUCCCUUCACCCCAGCCCUAGGCAACCAUCAGUUUAUUUUCUGUCUCUAUGGAUUUGCCUAUUCUGAAUAUUUCAUAAAAAUGGAAUCAUACAAUA